AUGGAACCCGGCUUCCAGGUUUUUGCCUGUAUUAAAGAAGGCGUCAGUAUGGGAAAUGUACUUUUGCUGGAACAAAACAUAGAAGGGAGGAAGGAGAGGGCUCCACUGGGCGCUGCAAGCUAUCUCUUCAAUCUGACAGGAAUCAUUGGAAACAUUUUAGUUCUACACGUCUUUCGGUUUGUCUUCGCUGCAGCUGCAAUUGUUAUUAUAAUAACUAUUGUAUUACAAAUAAGAAUACGAACAGCUCUGGUCAAGAAAGCAAGAUCAAAACAGAAAAUGAGAUACGGAGUUAGUAGCAUCAGUUCCAAAUCUGGACAAGAAACGUCGGGUAGUGAAACACCUAAGAAAAGGAGUAAUCGCGCUAAAAAGUCAGCAGACGAUCAGGAUUCGGAACGGAACAGGCGUGUUGCAAUUAGAUUCGCCAUUAUAUCCAUGUUUUUGAUAGUCAGUUUUAUUUCUCAGACAGUGUUCCAGUUCAUUAUAGUCACAAAGAGAUACUUCUUCCCAAGACAGAGAAUUUCCAAACUGGAGGAUGUGGUGGAGGAAUAUUUUCCAGAUAUCGUAGCACUCAACGGAAUUCUGAAUCCGUUCGUCUACCUGUUCACUGAUAACGAAUUCAGACAAGAGCUAAAGAAAAUGUGUUGGCGGAGAAUAUAA